AUGAAGUGGAUUAUUUUUCUGUGGUUCGUUUCAAUUGUAUCUGCAUCUCGACUUCCAAAUGGAGAGCUCGAUUCCAACACCCGUCUAUUGAACAACAUAUUCAAUAGUCAAAAUAACCAGGCGAAUGUCUGCACCAAUUACGCCAGGCACGCUUGCGGUAAUUACGCGCGGGCCCACUUUAACGACCCUUUUCCGAAUAUGGACCAAAUGCUGAACCACAAGAUGAAUAAGAAACUCAUCCAACUGAUGGAGGAACUGGAUCAGAGCUCCCAGACGCCGGACUUCAACGAGACGAGUGUGGAAGCGAAGGUCUUGCGAUUCUACCGCAACUGCCGAGAGGCCCCUCCAGAAACGCGUAAGAUAGAACAUUAUUUGAAACUGGUUCCUCCGAGCGAGAGGCUCUCCUGGCCCCCGUUGACCCCCCCUAAUACUUCCUGGAACAAGGAUCACUUCAUGUGGAUGGAAACCCUGGCACACUUACACUGGUACGGCCUCACCAACGUUCUAAUUAAUACACGGAUCUCGUACAAUUGGCAGAACAGCGCGGAAGCUCUACUGAUCCUCGAUAGUUCUUUUCCUGGAAUCCAUUUGGGGAAAGCUCAACGAGUUCUUCGUACCCUGAGAGUGCCGUCGGAGAAGAUUCACAAUCUCUUGCGAAAGUUCAAAAGGCUGGAUACUGAUGUACAGAAUCUUUCAGAGCAAUACAACCUAAGAAGGCAAAUCAUGAGCGUAGAUCGUCUGAACAGCGCAACAGGUUACGAUUGGCAGAGAUUCAUCGAGAUAAUAGUUGGCACACAGAUUCAACCCAACUUCCGGGUGGAAGUCAAGAACUUGGCCUACCUCACGGGCCUUACGCGACUUUUAGACUCCUAUGACGCCGAGCUAGUGGCUUACUAUUUAAUGAGUCAGCUUGCCAUCUUUCUACAGACGGACACAAUGGGGGGUGAAGAUCCCUUAUACUGCAUACAGGAUGUGCGCCGCAACAUGUACGUGGCCUCGAACCUACUCUACAAGGAACGCUUCCUAAAGACGCUGCCAAUAUACACAAGGGAAGUUGAAGAGGUCUUCGACGAAAUUCGCUACCAGUUGCUACGGAAAAUCGAACGCAAUCGCCUUGGACUGAACGCUGAGCAGAAGAAAAUGAUCUCCAGGAAGGUACAAAAUACUGUCCUCAAUAUUGGUAAUAUGCCUAAGGGUCAAGAUCACCGGAGCUUCGCCGAUCAUCACUAUGAGGGUCUGGACAUCCCAUCGACGGACCUCGACUUUGCUCGGGAACACAUCAAGAUGAUAAAGUUCCGCACCGGAAAGGAGCACGGGCCUCUUCACCUUCCAGCUCUGAAUUCCGAAGACGGUUUUCACAUGCCCAACUACUACGCCACAAGCAUCGGUCCUUACAAUCAUCGCAUAGCGAAUGUUAUUAUACUGCCAUACGCUUAUCUGCAGGAGCCGAUCAUCGUACCCGAUAGCCACGAUGUUUUCAAGUUCAGCCUCUUGGGAUUUGUCCUUGGCCAUGAGCUGAUGCACGCCGUCGACAGCAACAAUAUCGUGUAUGAUGGCCAUGGAAACAUUAACGAAAUAGGAUUUGGAAUCGGGAAAUUGCCCCGCUUUGAGGAGGGAUUGGAGUGCAUGCAUAUCAGUUCGGACAAACUCUCCGAACGAAUGGCAGAUAUUGGGGGUCUCGAACUCGCCCACUCCGCCUACUUCAAAAGCACUAAAAUUAGAAACCCCAUAGACUUCACCAACGAACUCUCUGCUGAACAUAUCUUCUUCCUAAAUAUGGCACAGUUUUUCUGCUCAGAUGGCUUUCCGGAAUACGAUGCAGAACAUGACCCAGACAUGAUGCGUUUGUCGUUAGUUUUGAUGGGUGCCGCCCCGUUCCACCAGGCUUUUGGAUGUCAUCGCUAUGAACCUCCGUGCCAGUUGUGGUGACUUCUUUAUUAUGUAAACUAAGAUUGAAUAAAUAAAAAGCAA